AUGAGUAACGUUAGUCUUUUUAUAUUUUUGGUGACUGUAAUAGUCACAGGACUGGCGAGCUCUGAAUGUCCCGUUGACAGGGAUAUUGACCUACACGAUGAAGCAAGACUACAUAGAGAUUUGACUUGCCCAUAUAAUGGCGACUAUCGACCUGUGAAGGAUCACAAGAACACUGUUGUUGUUAAAAUACGACUAGCACUGAAAUAUAUGACAUUCGAUUCUACAGAAGAAAAAAUUACUAUACAUAGUUGGGUUGCUCUGAAUUGGCAGGAUGAAUUUUUAAAGUGGAAUCCUAGCGAUUAUGGUAAUAUUAAUGAAAUUCAAUUGGAGAGCCACGAGGUUUGGUCGCCGCGUUUAGCGCUAUUCAAUGCGGACGCCAAUUCGUACCCUUCUGAUAGGAUUUAUACGACUUGCCUUUUGACUAAUAAUGGCUUAAUGACUUGUGUUCCUCAGCUAGCUCAUACAGGAAUAUGUCGCACAAGUCUCAGCCGCUGGCCUUAUGAUGAACAAAACUGUACAUUAUACUUCGGUUCAUGGAUGCAUACAGGAGAGCAGGUGAACUUUACCUUUUAUAAUAGUAGACCCGUAGUGCUUGAUGAUUUCCAGAAUGCUCCAGGUUGGAAAUUAUUGAAAGUCGUCAACGAGCGCUUGCCGGGAAAGUAUACUUGCUGUCCAAAUAGUACAUAUCCUAUGUUGAAAUAUACAUUUAUUUUGCGGAGGGAGGCCGCGGGACCAGCUGCUAUAGUAGUUAUCCCUUCCAUUGUUUUAGUGUUGAUUACGCUCUCCUCACUGCUUUUGGACGUUAAAGACAAUAUUCGUUUAAUGCUGGUAUGUUUUAGUUUAUUCGGGCACUUCACAUUUAUUACAGAAAUAGGUUAUAUUGUGCCCAAGUUGAGUUCUGACACGCCGAUAAUUUUGUUGUUUGUGCGUGAUUCUAUGAUCGUGACAUUAGUGGGGAUUUUGGAGACGUUAUUGCUUAUGUCAUUAAGAAAAAGAGUAGUCCCCGCGCCAACAUGGAUUGUAUCUGUCAAUCGGCUGGUGACCAGUGGCCCGGGAAAGUACGUUGUGUUUACAGAGUUUGAUCCGUGUGAAGGUUUAGAAGGAAAAACGAUCACAGACGAAGGAACAGCCAAUACAAGUGAAGAUCGAACUCGAAUUAAUAUGGACUGGAUAAACUUCGCCAACUUCGUAAAUAGUUGUGUAUUUAUAAUAUCUUUUGUUGUUUAUUUGAUUCUGGUGUGCACUUAUAUUCCUAGAGAUGAUUAA